AUGCGUAUUAAAUUGUUUGUCUUAAUAAUAGUUCCUAUAACUCUAGCUUUUUUAAGCUCGAUAGCUAGUUUGUUGAUAGCCCUUUAUUACAAUAAUAUUUAUAUAUAGGAAUACUCUGAUAAUUUAUUCAAUGAUAAAAUUAAAUUCAGCUCUUCUCACACUCAAUACAUUUCAUAUCGCUUGAGCAAAGAAAUUUACAAAUUCCCUUAUUUCUUAAAUAUUAUUAACUCAUUUGUAGAUAAAGUAAUUCAAGGAUAAGUAAAAUAUAAUCCAAGGCAUCAUAAAUCUUUUUAUAAUAAUAUUCUUGCAUUUGUUAAUCUUGAGGAUGAAUAUCUUACAAGGUUAGUAUUAAAAAACACCUUCUUAGUAGAUGGUUGGUAUUUACCAGAUGAAGUUUACAUCAAUAACUUAGACAAUCUAAGAAAAACAGGUAUACCGUUUAAGACAAUUUUUUAUGCAUCAGAUAAUGAGGGGUUUCUUUUUUCUACAUUCUCAAAUACAUCAUUUUCUUAAGUAGUUGAUAAAAAAAAUAUAAAUGCGAAACAUGAAUAUGAUCCCAGAAAGAGAUUGUGGUAUUAAAAUAAUCUUAAUUAAACUUCAUUUUAUAUGAAUUCCCCAAAUUUAUCACUUGGAAAUGAAACUCCUUAUUUAUCAUAAUUUGGAUGCUAGAAAUUAUUUUAUUUAAAUCCAAAUACUAGGAAAGUAGAAAUACAUCAUAUCUAGUGCUUGGAUGCUAUGAUUUCUAAUUUAUCAACUUACUUCUAAACUGUCAUUGAGUCGUCAAAGUAGUAUUAUGUAAUUGAUCCAAGGACAUUUUAAAUAGUUUUUAAUUCUAAGAAAGUAUAUGAUUUUUCUUCAAUUACAAAAAUAGAUAAUUUUUAUAACGUUGAGCUUUAAUUUUUGGAAGAUUAAUAGUAAUCUAACUAUUUUAAAAAUUUAAUAAAUAAUAACUAUAAUAAAUGGAUUUUUGAUACUUCAAACGACACAAAAACAAAUUUACAAUAAAUGGUGAAUUAGAGCUAAUAUUAAAUGAUUUUUGAUUAUUAGAGAAAUUAGUCAGUUUACAAAGUAAUUAUUAAUCCCAUCAUUGGUUUUGAUGAUAUCCCAAAAUAUAUAACUCGCUACUUAGGAAAUAAAGGUUAAUAACUCGAAUAUGUUUAUUUAUAAAUUAACAUGAUUUCAGAUGAGGAUUUAAGAGCAGAAACUAACUAACUGAUUAAACUCUCUACUAUACUAUUAAUUGUAGCUUCAAUAUUUAUUUCAUUAAAUGGUUUAUUAUUAGUUUGCGCAAUAUAUUAGUAUUUACUUCUAGUCAAAAAUUAGGUUUAUAAUCCUAUAAAUAAAUUGACUUAGAUAUUGUAAAAAAUUGAUUUGCUUAAAAAAUAAUGUGAUAUAAAUGAAAUUAUUGUUGAAUUUUAAUUGAAUGCGGAUGAUUUAUUUCUCUCAAAAGAAACCAAAAUGCUUUAUAACAGUUUCUAUGAAUUAUUUUAGUAGCUCUAAUAUUUGAGUGAGCAUUUUUUUAUUGAAAAUGAAGGAAAAACAUUAGUUGAUCUCAAUAAAAAAGUUUCCUUUUUUAAAAAAUUUAAAAAUUAUUAUGCUGUAGGAAUAGCGCAUAAUAAUAUUGGAUGCAUUUUAUUAAACUAGAAGCAUUACUUUUAAUCUUUAGAGCAUUUUGAAUCUUCAAUUAUCUGUGCUAAGUAUGAAAUUUAAGAAUUUUGUGAUCAAACAGAUAAUAUUCAUUUCAUAAAAAUUCUACAACCAUAUUCUUUUAGUGAAUAAAAUAUAUAAAAUAACAUAGCAAAUUCAAGUAUCAAACAAUAUUCUUUUACCUAUCGAAAUAGAAGUAAAGAGAAAUGUGCAAGUAUUUCAAGAAUCAAACAAUUAAGCAUAUACAAUAAUUAAACAAGUUAGAGUAAAAUUAAAUAAUAAAAAAUGAUUCCUCGCAUGGGCAUGGGAGAGUCCCAAAUUAUCAAUGAAAUUAAUUGUAGUUAAAAAAACAGACUUAGAAAUAGCUUUGUAGCUAAAAAUACUAUUUAAAUAGAUUAUCUCAGCAAAGAAGAUGAAUAAUAUCAGGAAUUAUAAGAACUUAUUUCAAAUCUGGUUUUUAGAAAACUUAAUUAUAUAACAACUUUGAUUAUAUUAUAAUAAGAUUUGAAUGAUGACUAAAACCAAAAAUCCCUAUAUAACUUCUGGGGAUAGAUUAAGCAGCUAACUAAAGAAUUAAUACCUCUUGUAAAUAUAUUGCAUUGCUAAGAAAAUAUAAAAGCUGUAUGCGAAUGCAUAUUUUCUAAAUGCUAUUAUAACAUGAAUAAAUUCUAAAAGGCUCAAAAAAGAAUUUAAUAAUCUAAAAAUAUUGUUAAAAAUUAGUACGAGUAAUUACAAAAAAGUAUCAUUGAAAGGACUAAUUUGCAAAAAAACAUUACAAAACAAAGAUCAUGCGAUGAAAAACUAAACAUAAAAUAAAUUAAUUUUGCAAACGAAAACUAAAAUAAUAAUAAUAAUAUCAAUAGCAAUAGUUUUACGAAAUACAAUACAUUUGAUAUUUUAGAAACUCAUAAAACCUAUGUGCUUUCUCCUAGGAUUUAAAAUUCUAAAGUAAAUAAAUUUAGUCCAAGGGAAAACAGGUUUACUAGCCAAAAAAAUAUACUCUCACUUUCAAAUAUCCCUAUCAGCUGCUUAUGUUCUGACAUUUCUUUUGGAGAAAAGCAGAAGCUUGAUGUCAAAUAUGCCUUAUAGAAUCAUUUUUAAAUUGUAAUAAAUAUUUAAUUCAUUUAAAAUUUAAGAUAAAUCUAUCGUAGAACAAUAGCAAAGGUUUAAUAAAAAUAAGAAUAUUCAAAUAGUAAUAGCAUUUGA